AUGACUCUUACUUUCGACGACGCCGCCGCUAAGGUUAAGACCCUCAAAACCUCUCCAUCGAACGAUGAACUUCUGAAGCUCUACGCUCUCUUCAAGCAAGGAACCGUCGGAGAUAACACUACCGACAAGCCAGGAAUGUUCGAUUUGAAAGGAAAGGCCAAGUGGAGUGCUUGGGAUGAAAAGAAGGGAACUUCAAAGGAAGCUGCCCAAGCCGCUUAUGUUGCUCUCGCCGAGGAGCUUAUCGCCAAGUACGGAGUUUAA